AUGUACAGAAUAGACGUUUCAGAUUUUUAUGACUUCCAAGCGUUCAGAAAUAUGUGUCCAUUUAGAGACUAUAACAAAGCAGUCGAGAAUUUGAAACGUUUAGUCAUUUAUGUCGACUCUGCCCCAGAAUGUUAUGUCAUGAAAGAA